CUCCCUACACACGCUUCAACUCGUGAGUUGCCUCACAACUCACCUCACCUCACCUCACCACAAUCUGAGCCAACUCAUUUACAAGUGAGGUGAGGAUUGGCCCAACUCACCUCACCUCAAACUCACAACUCAUGUGAGUUGAGGUGAGUUAUCCUCACCUCACCGGCAACACUAGGUAUCUAGAAGUAAUAAAGUAUUUUACUUUACGAGCAGAAUUCAUAAGAGCUAGAAAAGUACUAAUGCAAAGUUGUAUUUUAUAAUUUUGUAAUUUAUAAUUUGUAUUUUAUAAUAUUUUUUAUAUAAUUAAUAAACUACUUGUACAACAGAUUUAUCCAGAUGACCAUAAAAUCAUUACAGAAAGAAAAAUAUAAUUAUUAGAAAUAUUAAAAUAAAAUAUAUUUGUAAAAAUCAUGAAAAACGUAGCAUUGGGUUAUUCACCAAAUUUCAUGAAACUUGUGCGAAAUACAAAGAAAAAAGACCACCGGUGUUUUCCUUGUUCAGUAAUUCCAUCAGUUUGAUUCUUGUAAAAACUAAUUUUGCAUGCAAAAGUUAUAAUUCAUCUUAAUGAAUAUCCAAAAAAAUUGGUUAAACAAAAAUUAUUCGUCCGUUUUUAUAAUAAUUCUCACUUGUGCAAUUAACAUGCCUAAUGAUGAGUCUGUCUACCUUGUUGAAGAAACUGCAGAAGUGUACAACAAAAUAGUGAAACCAUUAGUAAAUGAAGUAACUGUGGAUUUAGAAAAUCAGCCAAAAUAUCAAUGGAUAUUUGAAACCGUAGAGCGUCGCUUGCCAUUGGAAAAGAUCAUUUACGACGAUCCAUGCCCUAUAAAUGGAUUUAUCAUGAUUCCAAACAUACUGUGGGACGGAUCUGAUAAAAAUCUGUAUUUAUUAGCAAUCAUUAAUCAGAGAGGAAUUAAGUCUGUGAGAGAAUUGAACGAAACACAUUUGCCACUUUUGAAAAAUAUACUUUCAUCUGGUUCUAAAAUCAUAGAAGAAAAGUAUGGUCUGAGGAGAUCUCAGCUUCGCAUAUAUUUCCACUACCAGCCAACCUACUACCAUUUGCAUGUGCAUUUUAACCCUCUCAAUUAUGAUGCACCAGGAAUCAUGAUGGAAAAGGGACAUCUUCUUCAAGAAGUGAUUUCCAACAUAGAAAAGAAUUCUAGCUAUUAUCAAGAAGCUACAUUAUUCUUCAGAGUACGGAGAAAACACGAAUUGUACAGAAGAUUGUUAAAGUUUGGCUACAAAUUCUAAUUUUUAGAGAAUUUAGGUAUUCUCAAGGAUCGUACAGAUUGAUUUUUUGUUUCGUGCAUAUUAUACAGAUCUAUUUAAUUCAUGGAAAAUUGACUAACCAGACAUUCCUAAAAAAUUCCAUAAAUAUGUAUAAAUUAUUCAAUAUAAAGUUCUAUCGUGUUCUUUGUUAAAAAAAUAAUAUUUGGUAAAAACAAAAUUAUUAAAUUGUAAUUUGCAUACAAAAAUAAGUUGAUUUUAGUUACAAAAUCUGCUUCGGACUGCAUGAAAUGUUUAUGAAUUUAGAAAUAUAUACAAAAUAUGUUACAAAAUCAAAAUCAUACAAAUCAUCAAGUAUACAAAAUCAUGUUAAAUUAAUAAAAACCAAAAAUUAUGAG